CACAACAAGGCGGCCCCCUGAAAAUCCUAAAAAAUGAGAGAGAGAGAGAGAGGGCCAAUGGUUUGCGAAACUUCCAACAUUGCGAUAAGGACGAAAGAGGCCAAUGGUUUGCGAAGCUUCCACCUCUUCUUUCACAUGCAACGCCACGUUCCGGUUCAGAAAUGGUUCAAGCGGACGACGUAGUUGCAUGAAUUACCAAAUUGCAAUAUAGAGAAUUCGGUUCUUGAGCGCUCUGGAGUGUGAAUUCCUGGUGAUUUCGGGGAAGAAUCGGGAUCUGGAGGGGUUGGAGUUCGUUUGUUGAACUUGACGGUGGAGAUCUAGGGUUGCGUGGCUGAACAAUGGGGAUCUCGGAGGAGACAGUGGUUGCCGUCAUAUUAGUCGGCGGGCCGACCAAAGGGACUCGAUUCAGGCCCUUGUCUUUGAAUAUUCCAAAGCCUCUUUUCCCAUUGGCCGGCCAGCCAAUGGUUCAUCAUCCCAUUUCUGCUUGUAGAAGGAUCCCAAACCUGGCACACAUUUACCUCAUUGGUUUCUAUGAGGAACGUGAAUUUGCGAUCUAUGUCUCUUCAAUAUCCAAUGAACUCAGGAUUCCUGUCAGAUACUUGAAAGAGGACAGGCCACAUGGGUCAGCUGGUGGGCUCUAUAACUUCAGAGAUCUGAUAAUGGAAGAGAACCCGUCACAUAUAUUCUUGCUCAACUGUGAUGUUUGCUGCAGUUUUCCACUGCCUGAGAUGCUUGAGGCUCAUAAGAGAUAUGGUGGAGUGGGAACGCUGCUUGUGAUCAAGGUUAAUCCAGAGUUAGCCAGUGAAUUUGGGGAACUUGUAGCUGAUCCGGUUACCAAUGAACUGUUGCAUUAUACUGAGAAACCCGAAACUUUUGUGAGCGAUCGAAUAAAUUGUGGUGUUUACGUAUUUACACCAGAUAUUUUCACUGCAAUUCAAGGUGUUUCUACACAGAGGAAAGAUAGAGCUAAUUUGAGACGUAUGUCCAGCUUUGAAGCUCUUCAGUCUGCAACUAGGAGCCUACCUUCAGAUUUUGUGAGAUUGGAUCAAGAUAUCCUAUCUCCUCUGGCAGGGAAGAAGCAAUUGUUCACAUAUGAAACCAUGGACUUCUGGGAACAAAUCAAGACUCCUGCAAUGUCUUUGAAAUGCUCGGCUUUGUAUCUUGCACAAUUUCGCCUCACCUCUCCCCAUCUGUUGGCGAGUGGAGAUGGUACGAAGAGCGCCACCAUCAUUGGCGAUGUCUACAUUCAUCCAUCGGCAAAAGUACAUCCAACUGCCAAGAUUGGUCCCAAUGUCUCAAUCUCUGCAAAUGCCCGUAUAGGACCGGGUGUAAGGCUCAUUAACUGUAUCAUUCUCGAUGGUGUUGAAGUGAAGGAAAAUGGAGUCGUUAUCCAUGCAAUUGUCGGGUGGAAGUCUUCUAUAGGAAAAUGGUCCAGGGUCCAGGCCGGAGGAGAUCAUAAUGCCAAACUUGGAAUCACAAUUCUUGGUGAAGCUGUGAAUGUUGAAGAUGAAGUUGUGGUUGUCAACAGCAUUGUACUUCCAAACAAGACUCUGAACGUUAGUGUUCAAGAAGAAAUCAUUCUGUAGUGUAGCAUGACCAUUGCCACCACCAUUCUCCUUCUAUACGUGUAUGUAUUAAUGUAUUUCGUUGUUAUUGCUGUCCAGUAAUAAGUCAAAUUUCAAGAUGCUCUUAGCCUGUUUGUAUACACUGGCGUAUUUCAAAAUAAAAUAAAAUGAAAUAAAUUGGAUGAUUC